AUGGCUAGAAGAGCCAUGGGGGCUCUAGCUAGGGAAGAGAGUGACCAAAGGGAGAACUUGUUUCAUGCACGUUGCAAAAUUGUGGAUAAGGUGUGCUCCUUAAUCAUUGAUGGUGGAAUUUGUACGAAUGCUGUUAGCCAAUUUUUAGUUGAAAGUAUGAAAUUUCCCACCCGCAAGCACACUAAUCCCUAUAAACUCCAAUGGUUUAAUGAAUGUGGUGAAAUGAGGGUCGACAAGCAAGCCAUUAUAAAAUUUAGCAUUGGCAAGUACCAAGAUGAGAUUUUGUGUGAUGUGGUACCCAAUGGGAAAACUAACAAGUACUCAUUUGUGGUCAAAGGGAAGAAGUACAUUCUUAAUCCACUAACCCCUUACCAAGUGAGUGAGGAUUAUAGAGUGAUGAGGGAGCUUCGGGAGAAGUAUCAAAGGGAAGAAAGGGAGAAGAGUGAGAAGGAGACUUUGUUGGUCAUAAGUGGAGAGGGAACAUCUCAAGAUGGUUCCAAGAAAUGUUUGUUGGCCAAACCAAGUAAUUGCUUAAAAGUGGUUGACGAGAGACACUUCAUGGUGUGUCUUGUCAAUAAGGAUCUUCUUUUAAAUGCUAACCAAGCUACUAGCACUUUGACUAGUAGUAUGUCUUCUCUUUUGCAGGAAUAUGAAGCCUUGUUCCAAGAGGAAAUGCCCGAUGGCUUACCCCCCUUGAGAGGUAUUGAGCACCAAAUCGACUUUGUACCGGGUUCCCAAAUUCCCAACAAACCGACUUAUAGGAGCAACCCGGAGAAAAUAAAAGAAUUACAAAGGCAAGUGGAUGAACUUCUCAAAAGGGGCUAG